AUGUACGCAACACAUCCCCAGCUGGCGCUGAUUGCCAGGCGCACUGGCAAGACCGUUGGUCACUACGGCGUUGUGCAGAAUCAUGCCAUGGCGAAGGCCAACGCGGUUGCAGUCGAGGUCUUGGGCAGCAUUCGUACAGCCGAAGCCCAAGAGGUGCAGUCCAACGUUGGCGAAGAGCAGGAGGCCGUGUUCUUCACUCAGCGCCUGAAUCGGUACCUGAGAAUCAUCAAGGCAACAGUGUACCUGGAAACCGUUCUGCGCUUUACGCAGUAUGGGCUUUCCAAGGUGCGGAAUAUCGUCGUCCUGGCGGUGGCAAUGCACCAGGUCAUCACUGGUUCGCUGACGAUAGGCGCGAUCUCCUUCGUUGUGAGUGUGGCUUUGGAGAGCAUGCUGGUGACCGGUGUCGUUCGCUGGCAGGAUGGCUUCAAAAAUCUGGCCGAUAUCUGGAUCAACUUCAAGCAGACAAUCACCUCAACAGGCAUUCAGAGCAUCAGAGUGACGCUACGUGCCUUUGUGCACGACAUGACCAUGUGCCAGGAAGGGGGAAUCCAGCCUGCCUACUGUCGCGGCAGUCUGUCGUUGGAGGACAUCAUUGCCUUAGUUGGAGAGAGCGGAUUCCCUGUUAUCAAUACGGCCCUCCCACUGAUUUACCGCGGAAGUGGAAGCCUCCCCAUGCAAAUUUGGCAGCUUUCAAUGCGCCUCUUUGCAGAGCUCGAGGAUCCGACCGCGGGAUCAAUCGCCCUCGACGGCCUGGACUACAGGAGCUACAACAUUCGUUGGCUGCGCUCGCAGAUUGGCUUCGUGGAGCAAGAGCCUGUUCUUUUUGACAGGUCCUUGAAUGACAACAUUGCCUACGGAAGUGCCAAAGGUGCACGUAAAGCAGACAUCGAGGGGGCGGCUCAGAGGGCCAACGCCCAUACCUUCAUUACAGCCCUGCAGAGCGGCUAUGAGACCCACCCUGGCGAGCGCGCUGCUCGGAUAUCUGGUGGGCAGAAGCAGCGCGUCGCCAUCGCGCGCGCAAUCAUCCGGAGUCCCAAGAUGCUCGUCUUGGACGAGGCGACAAGUGCCUUGGACAGCGAAAAUGAGCACAUUGUACAGCAAGCGCUCGACGAGCUCAUGCAAGGCAAGACAACAUUCAUCAUUGCGCAUCGUUUGUCAACUGUCGUUCGGUCGACUAAGAUUCUAGUCUUGGACAAAGGCCGCGUCAUAGAGCAGGGCACGCAUGACGAGCUGGUUUCAGAUGAGUCAUCCAGGUAUGCCAGUUUCAUGAGCCAUCAGAUCGUGAGCCCGCUACUUUCGUGA